UCAUAUCGCGACCCCGAAGCGGCUUGCCAUGCUGUUAUGUGGCGAAGUGUCCCGGGCUGCCUACGGUAUAUUGUGCAGUGGCAGGUGGCGCUCUGGUCCCACAGCUUUGUCCGGACUUGGGGUAGCUGUGGGAAGGCGAUGACUGAGGCACUCUCUGCGCAAGCCGAGGCAGCGGACGGACUGAAGGCUUUGAUUGAGCAAAAUGGAGAUACUGGUAGCGACACCAGGGGAGAGCCGCACCUAGAGCUCCUAGAGCCAGCGACGGUAGGGAAGCAGGUCCCGGAGAGCGGGGAGCAGGCCCAGGGAGGCGAAGAGCAGCUCCCGGGGAACGGAGAGCAGGCCCCAACUCCAGUCGCCGACUCAGGCAAGAGGAAAAAGCGGCGGGGCGCCACUGGGGAACGGGUCGUGCCGCCCCCGAAGAAACGGCGGACUGGGGUGAGCUUUAGCGACGAGCACUUUGCAGAGACCACCUACUACUUCGAGGGCGGCUUGCGCAAGGUGCGGCCCUAUUACUUUGACUUCCAGACCUACUGUAAAGGUCGCUGGGUGGGUCGCAGCUUGUUGCACGUCUUCAGCACCGAGUUCCGAUCCCAGCCACUGGCUUACUACGAGGCCGCUGUCCGGGCAGGACGCCUGCAUCUCAACGAGGAACCAGUCCAGGACCUCAACAUCGUCCUCAAGGACAAUGAUUUCUUGCGGAACACAGUGCACAGACAUGAGCCACCAGUCACAGCAGAGCCUAUUCGCCUGCUAGCUGAGAACGAUGAUGUGGUUGUUAUAGACAAGCCGUCCUCCAUUCCUGUCCACCCCUGUGGCCGCUUCCGACACAACACGGUCAUCUUCAUCCUAGGCAAGGAGCACCAACUAAAGGAACUACACCCGUUGCAUCGGCUCGAUCGCCUCACCUCAGGAGUGCUCAUGUUUGCCAAGACAGCUGCGGUGUCUGAGAAGAUCCAUGAACAAGUUCGGGAUCGGCAGCUGGAGAAGGAAUAUGUAUGCCGGGUUGCAGGGGAGUUCCCUGACAAGGAGGUAAUUUGUAAGGAACCCAUCUUAGUGGUAUCUUACAAGGUAGGAGUGUGCCGUGUGGAUCCCCAGGGCAAACCCUGUGAGACUGUGUUCCAGAGGCUGAGCUACAAUGGCCGCUCCAGUGUGGUACAGUGCCGACCACUUACAGGUCGCACUCACCAGAUCCGAGUCCACCUCCAGUUCCUGGGCCACCCCAUUCUCAAUGACCCCAUCUACAAUUCAACUGCCUGGGGUCCUUCUCGAGGCCAGGGUGGCCACAUUCCAAAGACGGACGAGGAACUGCUCCGAGACCUGGUUGCAGAACAUCAGGCCAAAGAAAGCCUGAGUAUGCUAGAUCUCUGUGAGGGUGACCUGGCUCCAGGGCUCAUAGACUCUACAGCUCCCUCUUCAGAGUUGGGCAAAGACAGCCUGGAAGGGUUGGCUACGGCAGCCCAGAAGAUAGAUGGGAUGGUGGACGAAGCCUCUCAGCAUCCGGACACACCAGGGAAGGCAGCUAAGGCAGACGUGAGUCAACAAACAGAUCCGCUCUGUGCCGAGUGCCGGGUGUUAAGACAGGAUCCCUUGCCCCAGGACCUUGUAAUGUUCCUGCAUGCCCUCCGCUAUAAAGGGCCAGACUUUGAGUACGUCUCACCCAUCCCAGCCUGGGCACAGGCUGACUGGCAAGAAGACUGAGGGAUGUGGCCAUUGGAAGAAUGGCUUUUGGGUUGGAACAAGGAUGGGCCUUGAGGCAGGGACUGCUCCCAUUGGUUGGAACUCAGGGUUUGGGAAAGAGCGAGGUUCUUCCACAGUAAGGAACCUGCUUGUACUUGCUACCUCCUUCCUUCUGGCUUGUUUGGGGCUUUCAGAUCUGUACAUAUACCAUUUUUUAUCUAACACCUUUCAUGUCCAUUUUUACUGGUUUCUUACAAUCCCUCCACUCUCCCCCAGUGCUUAGGAUAGGGUGUAGGUCCAUUGUCAAGGAAGGCAAGUGCUCUACAGCCCCUAAGUAUUUUUGAGUUUCUGGAGCUCAGGCCGACCUUGAACCCUGACUCCUACUCUGCCUCCAGAGUGGGAAUACAGGUGUGAAGCCCCAUGCCUUGCCUUUUUUUUUUUUAAAUUGAGAUAAAAUUCACAUAGCAUAAAAUUAACUGCUUUAAGAUAAACACUGGAUUGGCAUUUACUGUGUUCACAAACUUGAGCAACCUUAUCUCAAGAUUUCAAAACUCAUCUCUCAUCCCUAAAGGGAAUCUGUACCUGUUAGGUACAUUCUUCCCUUUAUCUCUCUCAGCUCCUGGUGAACAGUUUAUUCUUUAUUCCACAGAAAUGGACUCAGACAAUCUGUGUCUUUUUCUUUUUUCUUUUUUUUUUUGUUUGUUUUUUGUUUGUUGUUGUUGUUGUAUGUUUGUUUUCUGAGACAGGGUUUCUCAGUGUAACACUGGCUGGUCUUGAAUGCACAGAGAUCCACCUGCCUCUGCCUCCUAAGUGCUGGGAUUCAAGGGGCAAUGCCACCACCUCCCGGCUACCCAACACAUCCUUUUCUGUUUGUUCUACUGAUUGUGUCUCUCCUGGUGUGUGUGGAGUAAUCUCUCAUAGUGGAGUUUACUCUUUCUGUUGUGUUGUUUAUUAUAUAUUCUGGACAUGAGGCCUCCCUCAACAACAAAAGAAUUAGCAGCCCAAUUUUAAAAUGUCCAAAAGGAUUCUGGUUAACACACACACACACACACACACACACACACACACACACACACACACACACACGUCGAAGCUGGAGGGCAAUUCUACAGUCUGGUUAAGAGCACUCUUUGCUCUUUGAGUGGCUCACAACUACCUGAUAUCCCAGCAUCAGGGGAUCCUUCCCCUCUUCUGGCCUCUGCCAGGGCUAUAUAGUAAGGUAUGUUUCAAAAUAGCAACAAAGACAGAAGCAGUGCAACUUAACAAAACUGACAUGUUUUAGAAUGGCAUAUUCCCUGGAGUCAGGACUGUUAACCACUAUGGCACUUACUCAGUUCAAAGCCCUGCCUUCCACAGGUAAGCAUUGUGUAUAUCAUGGCUGUCUUUUCACUCCAAAUUAACUCUUCUCUCAUGUGACGAGUAUUGUUAUUUUCAAAACCACAAUUUAUCAGCCAUUAGCCACAUCAAAAUAAUUGGAUAAUGUCUUUCUAUU